CGGAAAAACUCUGGUGGACCUGCACGCUCUGGAACAGUCCAACAUGUCUGCGGCGGGGAAAGUCGGGAUGUUCCGAGUCCUGUGCCUUUUCUCCGUGCUGCACGCGGCGCAGCUGCUGGACUCCGGUAUGCUGUUCCCCCGGGAGUCCGCCUCCAGAGAGCUGAAGGAGCUGAACGGCCUGUGGGCCUUCCGGGCGGACAAGUCCCCGAACCGGAACCGGGGGUUCGAAGAGGCCUGGUACAAACAGCGCCUGGCGGAGACGGGCCCGGUGAUCGACAUGCCCGUCCCUGCCAGCUUCAACGAUGUCACCCAGGACGCCACCCUGAGAGAUUUCACCGGCUGGGUGUGGUACGACCGAGAGGUGCACCUGCCGCCGCGCUGGAUCACAGACGAGGGAACGAGACUGGUUCUCAGAGUGGGAAGCGCUCACUAUUAUUCAGUAGUGUGGGUGAAUGGAGAAAAAGUGGUGGAGCACAACGGCGGCCAUCUUCCGUUUGAGGCUGAGAUCGGCAGCUUAUUUCGUAAAGACCCAACAAAUCCCUGCAGGAUCACCGUGGCCGUCAACAACACUCUGACUCUGGAGACUCUUCCUCCAGGCACCAUUCACUACAUCCGGGACAGGUCCAGGUAUCCCGACGGCUUCUUCGUUCAAGGCACCUCCUUCGACUUCUUUAACUACGCCGGGAUCCACCGGUCGGUGCUGCUGUACACGACUCCUCGGGCGUACGUGGACGACGUCACCGUGGUGACCGACUUCGUGGAUAACACAGGUUUUGUGAAGUACAGCGUUUCAGUCCGGGGUACGACCUCAGCCACGCUGAAGGUCACGCUGAUGGACAAAGAUGGCCACUGUGUGGCUUCCUCCAACGGUUCAUCCGGAGUGCUGAAAGUUCCGGACGUGAAGCUGUGGUGGCCGUAUCUGAUGCACGAGAAUCCAGCUUAUCUGUACUCCAUGGAGGUUCGCCUGACAGCCGGCGGCGGCGGAUCGUCUGAGGACGUUUAUACUUUACCAGUCGGCAUCCGCACAGUCCAUGUAACCACCACGCAGUUCCUCAUCAACAACAAACCCUUCUAUUUCCAUGGGGUCAACAAACACGAGGACUCCGAUAUUCGGGGUAAAGGCUUCGACUGGCCUCUGAUUGUCAAAGACUUUAACUUAAUGAAGUGGAUGGGCGCCAACUCCUUCCGCACCAGCCACUACCCGUACGCCGAGGAGAUCCUGCAGAUGUGUGACCGCCACGGCAUCGUGGUGAUAGACGAGUGUCCCGGCGUGGGCAUCAAGGACAUUCAGAGCUUCGGCAACGCCUCUCUGAGCCACCACCUGGAGGUGAUGGAGGAACUGGUGCGCCGGGACAAAAACCACCCGUCCGUGGUCAUGUGGUCCGUCGCCAACGAGCCGGCCGCUGAGAUGCCUCCCGCCGAGUUUUACUUUCAGACAUUGAUAAAGCACACCAAAGAGCUGGACCCGACUCGGCCCGUCACAUACGUCACGGCCAGCAACUUCGCCAGGGACAAAGGGGCCCCGUUUGUGGACGUGCUGUGUGUGAACAGCUACUUCUCCUGGUACCACGACCCCGGACACCUGGAGGUCAUCCAGCUCCAGCUCAACACGCAGUUUGAGGACUGGCAUGAAAAGUACCAGAAACCCAUUAUCCAGAGUGAAUAUGGAGCGGACACGGUGCCAGGGUUUCACAGUGAUCCCCCUGUGAUGUUUUCUGAGGAGUACCAGAGCGAAGUCCUGCGGAACUACCACAGCGUGUUCGACCAGAAGAGGAACAAGUACGUCAUCGGGGAGCUCAUCUGGAACUUCGCAGACUUCAUGACCGCACAAGGUGUAACCCGUGUGGUGGGAAACAAGAAGGGCGUGUUCACCCGACAGCGACAGCCCAAAGCCUCGGCGUUCAUCCUGAAGGAGAGGUACUGGAGGCUGGCCAACGAGACGGGAACACUUCCCCCCUGGGCCAAAUACCCCUGUGCACUGUGACGUGCACCGAGCAGGUUUACAACAAUGCUUGGAGUGUUUUUUUUUUUAAACUCGCACAAGGUCAAAGCUGCAAAACAUUCCUCAGAAUACUAACGACAAUUAGCCACAAGUGCCUCAAGAAUCACUGAGAGCUCAGAAUGGAUCAGGUCUUUGGACGUUUUAAUUCAGAUGUGUGAAGGAGCAUUUUGAUUACCGUCACGAAAGUGACGAAAACGCAGGUAGGAAAGACAAAAUGGUGACGCUACAGUAAAACGAUUUGAUCAUUCAGCUUGAAUUUUACCUUGACAGAUGGGAUCCAGUAUCCACUGGCUCUACUCGACAGAAUGAAUGAAUGAACGGUCAAAGGCAAACUUUGACUUUGACAAGUUAACUGGGUUUAUUAUGGAGGAAAAAUUAUUCAGAGUGCUGUAUUUUUGGGGACCGAGGAUUUCACGGUCGGAAGAACAAUUCGCUUUGAGAAAAGCAUCUUUUAAAGGAAUUUGGGAUUGUAAUCUUGAAUUGUGACCUUUUUAAUCAAACGGUUUUAAUUUCUUUCCUACAUGAGGUCUCAUGUAAAUAUGAAUUUCACUGCUGAAUGUGAUCAGAAAAGCUUUAUUUUUAUAAAUGUAAAUCAGCAUCGUUUGUUGAGCCACUGAAAUCAUUAAAGAUGAUUUACAAACUUU